AUGGUGUUUCCAAUAUUUGGAGGUAAUUCCAAGGGUAGUGGGGGCGUCAGGUCUCUUAGAUCGUUGGGGCCGGGAGGAGGAGAUUUCAUAAGUGGUGGGAGUGAUGAGACUCAGUAUGUUAAUUUAGAAAUUGAUAUUGAGUCACCUCCAUGUGUUUUAUAUGGUGCUCCUAUUGAAUCAUCAGGGGCUUUGUUGAAUGGGGUGAUUAGGUUGUGUGUAGGGAACCCAUCGGCAGCUUCUAAGAAUCGAUCGUUAGAUGCAGGUAGUAAUGCAUCGUCCCGGAUGGUAAACAGCUUAGUGUCCACACCGAUGUCUCGUUUGACUAGUCUGUCGACGGUGAAGUCUCCAGCAUCAUCUGCGAAGGACACCUUGUACCACUUGUCUAGCACCAUUGAUAAGUUAACAGUGAUAUGUUUUAGCCUCUCGCUUGUGCAGAAGGUAAGGUACGGCAAGCCCUUCAUGCCUAGUAACCCAGCUCUUUCUUCGUGCAGCAAUUGCCGGUCAAAAGUGAUAGAAUUGGCAAAUUGGGAUAUAGUGUCGAACCCUAUCGAUGUCACUCUAGGUUACCAUACAUAUCCAUUUUCUCAUCUGUUGCAGGGCGAUUUACCUGUGACUUGUAAUCUUGGGUCGACGGGUUCUACCCAUAUAAGUUACGAACUCAUUGCGGUAGCUUUUUAUAAAACAUUAUCAAAGGGACCUGGAAGUAAAAAUACCGUAGAUCGUUUAGAAUUAAAAUUUCCCAUACCAAUAACUAGAAGUAUUUUACGGGGACCUGAUAGAAAUUCCUUGCGGGUGUUUCCUCCAACAGAUGUUACUGCAAGCGCUGUUUUACCAAACGUGGUUCAUCCCAGGUCUACGAUACCUUUAGAACUGAAGCUGCAUGGAAUUUAUACUGGUGAUAGGAGAUGGAGGAUGCGCAGAUUAACUUGGCGUGUUGAUGAAAACGUUCGCAUUAGGUCCCAUGCCUGUAAAAUGCACAUAGGUACCCUCAAGGCUAUUGAGGAUACUGUCAGAGAAAAGCAGGCGAGGAGCUCAAAGAAACCUGCUAAGCCGAUUAAAAGAACAUCUGAUAUGGGUCCUCAGGUUACUGUAUCUGUAUCUACAUCUGCAAACCGUCAAAUAAAUCCUAAUAUGUUCCUACCGCGACAAGAUUCAGCUGCAGGGGAUAUGGAUGAUGAUGCUACCGGUACACCCGAUGGAUUCAUACAUCCCAGUGACCACGCCAUGCAUGAGGAACUGCUCGAACAGCAGGAGCGUGUUAGAAGACAGCAAGUAGAACAAGAACAAAAAAGAGAAGUCACUCAUUACAUCGAAGAGACCCGUACUUUGGCUGGUGAUGACGUCAAAUCAGGCUGGAAGAGUGAUUUUACUGGAUCUGGAAAGAUCGAAUUAGUCACAGAUAUUGACUUAACAAAAUUAAACUCUGGAGUAUCAAAUCCAGUACACUCUAUUUCGACGUUAAAUCCAUAUAAGCCACCAGUUGAUCAGAAUACUAACGUAGCGUGCGACAUUGAUGAUCCAAUACUAGGUGUAUUUGUCAGCCAUCUCUUAUCAGUUGAAAUUAUUGUUGCUGAGGAGGUUCUUCAAUAUCCCAAUGGACAACCAGUGAGCAGCAAUCUACAUGAUUCUUUGGUUGCAGCAGAAGGAAAGGCAUUCCCUACCAACAGUGCAGACCAGAGACUUGCGGAAUUAUCACCAAUGUUUGCAAACCGAAAUAUGAGUUUACAAAGACGAGAAUCCAUUGAAGAACCUUCAUUGCCAUCGCGAGAUCGAAGUAAUAGUGGAUGCAUAGAUGCAAGCUUACGAGUAGUAGGUAUACCUACUGGGGCUGCACGUGUAUUGAGGAUGCAGUUUAAACUACACAUGACAGAACGUUCAGGCUUGGGAAUAUCUUGGGAUGAUGAGGUGCCUCCCACGUACCAAGAUGUAAAAUACUUAUCUCCACCAGGUUAUUCUGCAACCAUUUCUGAGUCAAGAGAAUUUUAUAAUAAGGGCCAUACCAAUAAUACCUCUGAGCCUGAUACCCUAUCUUCAGUAUUUCCUGUAUGUUCCCAUACGUCUUCUAACAGUUCUACUCGCUUAAAUAAUGAUGCUUAA